AUGCGAGAACAAGAUAGGACUCUUUUGGAUUCCUCUAGCAAUAGUUCUUUGUCUAAAUAUAAGACGGCGGAGGAAGCAUGGCAACUCAUUGGCGACUUGGCCGAGUCCAACCAACAUGCUAGACGGAGAGUCGACCGCCCAAAGACCGUGAAUGAAGUAUCCUCUAGUAGCGAGGCCACUGCUCCUGCCAAAUCCUUGGGCGAGAUGACAAACAUCCUAAAGCAACUCCAAUUGGGUCAACAACAACCUCAUCAACAACACCCUCCACCACCUCUUCAACAAUAUAGUCAACAAUUGGUCCCCCAAAAAGUGUGUGGCAUUUGUUCUUGCUAUUCUCACUACACGGAUGAGUGCCCAAGUCUUCAAGAAGACAACACCUUGGCGGCUACCCACAACUUUUAUGACUGCCCGAAUCAAGGAUACUACCAACAAGACGGCAAUUUCAACCAAGGUCAAGAUGAUACACUCCGGACUAUUCUCCAAGGCCAAAAAGAGCUUCAAACCAUACUUGCUUCCGGCCUCAUCGGUCUUACAUCUACUCUACAAGCUCUUCUUGCACGCAUGGACCCACCCUCUAAUUCAGCUCCUCAAGCCCCAAAUUCUAGUGCCAUUCCCUCUCAACCUCAACCCAAUCCCAAAGGUGGCAUUAACGCCAUUACCUUGAGAUCCAAAACUCAAUUGAAAGAGAAGAAGGUAAAGAACCAAAGUCCGAUCAUAAUCACUCAAGAGGAGGAGGGAAUCGAGAUAGAAGAAAUAGAAGAGGAGGAGGAGGAGGCACAAGUCAUAGUUGAAGAUGAAGAGACUCAACCAACAAGUGAGGUCCCCAAGAAUAAAGGAGCUGUGGAAGAAGAAAUUGCUCAACCAAUCGCAUUUCCUACAGUUGCAAAGAAAGCUAGGAAGCGUAUGGAACUUGACCCCAAAAUGGUAAAGAUGUUCAAGAAAGUUGAGGAUUUAUGCAUGAACAAGGAUAGAAUUCUUGAGUUAGAAACUAUUCCAUUGGGGAGUUCUAUUUCCGCUUUAAUGGGAGCAUUAUCCGAGAAGUGUGAUGAUCUGGGACCGUGCAUGGUCACUUGCACCGUAGAUGGGGUUCAAUUUCUAGAUUGUAUGUGUGAUCUCGGUGCAUGCGUUAGCAUUAUACCUCUUUCCGUCUACCGUAUAUUGAGGCUACCACCAUUGAAGAGGUCAACGGCAAGAUUUGUUUUGGCGGACAAGAGCAUAAUAACCGUGACGGGUGUUGCGGAAGAUGUAUUGGUGAAUAUAAAAGGGUUGGUGUUCCCGAUUGAUUUUUACGUUCUUGAGAUGCCAUGA